AUGCAAGAAGAAGUCCAAAGUCUCACAGCUGAGGAGGAAAAAGAAGAGGCCUGCUCAGAUGAGGAGGAAGAGGAAGAUGCCUACUCAGAUGAGGAGGAAGAGGAAGAUGCCUACUCAGAUGAGGAGGAAGAAGAGGAGGCCUGCUCAGCUAAGCAGGAAGAGGAAGAUGCCUGCUCAGAUGAGGAAGAAGAGGAAGAUGCCUGCUCAGUUGAGGAAGAAGAACAGUCAGUAUUCAGGGAAUACAUAAACCCUGCUGAUGAGUUGGUCUCACUAGUUUGGGACAUCAUUCUGAUCGAGCUCAUACACAUGGUCAUGAAAGGUUUCCCCACCACCGGUCCCCCCCCUAACUUCUCAUCAGUGGCAAUGAGGCUUAAAAGAAUACUGGUUGCAGAGAAGAGAGGUGCUGACGUCAAUAUCAAUUGUAGCCACAAAAAGAUCCUGAAGAUAUGCAAGGCCGUCCACAAAGACCUGAGCAAAGAGUUUGGUAAGGAAGGUCUUUGGAAUGGUCUCAUGGUACAGGAUGAAACAGUCAUUGAGGCUGUGGUUGACUCUCUGAACAAGCAUCUUUCACCAAAAAGACCCAACCGUGUCAAAAGGUUCUUUAAAAGUCUUUUCAGGCCUUUCACUGCCCUCCUUAAAAGUGGCUAG